CUAAAUAAAAUGUGGCAAAUAUGAAUGAAAAUUUGAGAAAAUCCACAAUAAUCAAUAUUACGUUUUGACCGUGUCUUGAUUCAUUUCUGAGCUAAUCAGUGGUAUGGGUGGAAAAUCAGUGAGUAAAGAGAGAGAGAGAGAGAGAGAGAGAGAGAGAGAGAGAGAGAGAGAGAGAUCAAUGUUUUCACUUGGACAACGUGCGAACAACGCAUGCAUGCAGACCAAACGCUAAAGGAGCACGAUUUAAUUCUAGGAAGACGCUUGUUGAAGACAGCAAAGAUGAUUGCCACUACUCAACAGAACAUGACCACGGACCUGGACAUGCAUGCUUCUACUGGUCCACCACGGAAUUGGAAGGGCAUUGCGAUCGCCAUGGUGGUGAUUGUGGGUGUCCUAUCGCUGGUCAUCCUCUCAGUCAUCAUGCUCACACCUGAUGAGUCUCAUCUAUUACUGCAAUCCCGUUUCACCAUGGAGGAUCUGGCGAACGAGAAGUAUACAGUUCACAACCCCUGUGUGACCUGGCUGAAUGAGAAUGAGGUUGCUCUCAGAACCAGAGAGGGCCAUAUCCUGUCCUACAGCCUCCACUCCAACCUCACAGCUACCCUGCUGGACAACAGCUCCCUGGACCUGACGACCACAAAGUUUCAUGUGUCUGCAGACAAGAGGUUUGUCCUGUUGGCAUACAACAUUCAGCCAGUUUUCUCUCAGUCCUUUACAGCAUCCUAUGCCAUCUACAAUGUGGCUAAUGGGGAUCUGCUGGAGCUUAACUCUCCAGCGGGGGAGAAGGCAGGGAUACAGUACGCAGCCUGGGGACCGCAAGGGAACCAGCUGGCCUAUGUGUUUGAAGGAGAUAUCUACUACCAGCCAGCCAUGACCAGUAAGCCCCUACGCCUCACAUCCACAGGCAGAGAGGGGCUGGUGGUCAAUGGUCUAUCCGACUGGAUGUAUGAGGAGGAAGUGCUCCUGACUUACUCUGCCCACUGGUGGUCCAAAGAUGGCGCUCGCUUGGCAUACUUCACCAUCAACAACUCUGCCACACCCUUAAUGGAGAUACCUUACUUCCUGGGUGGAGUCUAUCCCUCCAAUGUUUUCUUUCCUUACCCGAAGGCUGGCUCCACUAUCCCCACAGUCAGCCUGUUCGUGGUGAAUCUCUAUGGUCCAGCUCACACUCUAGAGAUGAUCCCUCCAGACUCUCUCAGGGCCAGAGACAGUUACAUCUCCAUGGUGAAGUGGAUCAGCAGCACUCGUCUGGUGGUGCGUUGGUUGAACCGGGCCCAGAACCAAUCAGAGCUCUGUGUGUGUGAGGCUACCACAGGGGCAUGUUCAGAGAAACACACUAUGGUCAUGGACUUAAUGCAAAACCAACGACAGGAGGUGCCAUUGUUUUCAUCCGAUGGCUCUUGGUUUUAUUUGACACUGCCAGCCAAGCAGGGUGCCCGAGGGGAGUUCCGCCACAUUGCCAGUCUCCCUGCGCAGCCUGCCAUCCCCUCUGUCCCUCCUCGCUUUCUGACGUCCGGGAACUGGGAUGUCACUGUGCUGUGUGCCCUGGACGAGGACAAUGGGAAAAUCUACUUCCUCAGCACAGAAGAAUCCAGACAGAGCAGACAUCUGUACAGUGUGGACCUCGAAGGGAUCUUUCAACGCCAGUGUCUGACCUGCUACCUUCUAGAUGGUUGCAGCUUUUUCAAAGCAGAGUUCAGCCCCAAUCAGACAUAUUUCACACUUUAUUGUCUUGGCCCCGGAGUCCCCAAGGUGACAGUUCACAGCACUAAGGACCCCUCCACAUACAUAGUUCUGGAGGACAACACACCUCUCUCUGAGGCCCUAUAUGGGAAGAGACUCCCAGAGACUGUCUUCAAGACCCUCACAGCAGACACCCACGAUCUGCACCUGAAGCUGUCUAUGCCCCAGAGGUAUGAGGCCAAGCUGCUCCCUCUCCUCAUCAUUGUGGAUGGAGUUCCAGGCAGUCAGUCGGUGACGGAGGAGUUUGCUAUGGGAUGGCCUGAGGUGCUCGCUAGUACUCAUGACGUGGCCUUAGCCUGGGUGGAUGGAAGGAGUGGCGUCGGCUGGGGGCAGAAGAUCAGCAGUGUGGAUCCCCGCAAGCUCAGCUCCCUCAGAGUCAAAGAUCAACUAGGAGUCGUGGAGUGGUUGAUGCAAUUGCCUUACAUUGAUGAUCGGCGGAUUGCCCUGUAUGGCAAGGCAUUUGGUGGUUAUUUAUCCCUCAAGAUGCUAGCUGCAUCUGACCAGCUGUUUAAAUGUGCAGUCGCUGUUGCUCCCAUAACAGACUUCAAACUCUACAAUGCUGCCUUUUCAGAGAGGUAUCUAGGUCCCCCAGCUACGGAGGAGCACACAUACUUGACGGCCUCUGUAUUGGAAGAUGUUCACAAGCUUAAAGAUGAGAACUUCCUCUUACUACAUGGGACUGCAGACGCACGGGUUCACUUCCAGCACAGUGCGGAGCUCCUGAGCCGUCUGGUGAAGGUAGAGGCCAACUACUCCUUGCAGCUGUACCCAGACGAGGGCCACACCCUGAGAGAGCAGCGUAGCAUCCAGCAUUUUCAACAGACCCUGGUGCACUACCUCCAGACCUGCCUGAGACAUAACCCCCUCCUGGUCUCCAUAGAGGAGCCAGAUGAGGAUGAGGAGGACGACUAAGUACUCCCACCUCUGGUACUGAAGAGACAUACUGAGAAGUGAGGACUACUCUCCUAUGCAUUACCCCAGGUCAGACUACUACUAGACACUAGUCUCUUCCCACAGCAAGAACACCGGAGUGGCGAUGGACCAAGAAUAUCAGAUCACAGCUGAGCCUACUGUACCACUUAUGAGUAACUUUGGGAAUAUAGCAUUUAUUUUGUUUGUGCUGUUUGAAUUGAGUCUGCGCUGAUUGUUUACAUUGUGUUGAUCCAUUAUCAAAGAAGUGACCGUGGCCAGGUCUUAAUGUUGAUUCUACAUAAUGUUUACAAAAUAGUCUAAACAUGCAUGUCGUAAUGGCUGCAUGAAGUAAAGUGGUUUACUAUUCUUUUAUGUUUUGUUAUCCUGCAGAUCCUAAUUUGGUUCAAAUCAGCCUGUUAUGCUGUUAUGUAAUGCAUAUACAGAAGGGGCCUACUGUCACUCUAAAUGUGCCAAAUACAUUAUAUGUUUACAAGCCUAUUCAUUCACCAUGCAAACUCUGAGAUGUAUCCAAUCUUGCAGAUGUCAUAGACUUUGUAUUUCCCAUGCUUUUUGCACGAUUCUUUUCAACAGUUGUAUUUGGUAACUUUGGAUGGAUACAAUCAGAAUGAGCAAACCCAACAAAAUAUAAAAGCACAUUUCUUGGACAUCUAUUUCAGAAGUGAGUUAUGUUUUUCUUUAUUUAAUUUGAUAGUCAUGUAUACUUUGUUGUUCAUUGUAUUGUGUACUGCAACACCUCCCAAUCAAAGCCAUGGAACAUCCAUGGUGCACUGCAUGUAGUCUGUUUGCAAUUGAAUGCCCGACUUGAAAUGUUUCCUUUUUGUUUGUUUGACUAAACCCUUACAAUAAAGAAUCAAGUCCUUGUU